UGUAUUAAUGCCAUUACAUUUUCCAGUAUAUAAUUUGUGCAAAUAUCGUUAGUAAUGCAUAUAUGACACAUAUAGGUCAUAAUAUAUUAUUGUUAUUUAUUAUCUUGCACACUAUGCUAUGCUGUUUUGUCUUGACCCAAUGAGGUGUCCUUGCUCUACCACACCUAGGCUUUUCUUAAGCUCACGCAUACAAUGUGAGACAAUAUAUGAGUAUCUAGUUAUUAUACAAGCUCCUUGUAUUUAUAUUAAGCCUACUAUAAAAGGGUUACACUGACCGUUUAAAUUCAUAUCAGUCUAGUGCGUGAAAGGAAACAACCAUGAUUGCUAAGGUACUGAUUGUUGCUUGCUUUGCGGUGGCUGCUCAAGCCGGAGGUCUUCUGGCACCAGCUUCUUAUGGAACUCCGUAUGCAUAUGGGGCUUGGAACCCAUACAGUUCAUACCCCGCGCAACCUGCAAUUGCUACUCAGCAUUCCAAUAUUCUGCGGUCCCCAUUCAAUUUGGGUCAGAUAUCGACAUACAGCAAAGCAAUUGACACACCAUUCUCGAGUGUUCGUAAAGCUGAUAUUCGCGUAAGCAACCCUGGUUUUGCGGUGGCACCAGCUUAUCAUGGUUUUGCCAGCCCGGUCGUGUCACAUGUCGCUGCUCCUUUAGCAACCGCUAGAGUCGCUGGUGGCCUUUUGGGAGUGGCUUAUUCUGCUGCACCCGCAGUUUCCCACAUGACUUACACUAACGGCCUCGGUCUUGCCUACGCGUGGUAAUCACUUCUUCUAGAUUUAAGAAUUGUUUUAUAAGUGUGCUCAAAGAUUCCUCGUUAUUUAUUACCAAUUAUUGUUAGCGUUUUUGAAUAUUUUGCUGUUUUAUGAAAUACAAUACAAAAAAAUA